CACAACCACAAUCUCUGACUCUAUCUCUCUCUCUCUCUCUAGGUUUAGUUUUUCUGGGUGGCCCCUUCUCUGUCAAGUUGUGUUGAAUAUAUCAAUGGCUUUGUUGUGCUCUUGUCACCAUUACGACAUCACUUAGUCCAUAUCCUCUCCAAAUAGGCGAAGAGGUCAAGAGUGUCAAAUUCAGAUCCUUCUAUUUCCAACUUUUAGGUGGGAAGAAGGAAGUGGGAAGUGGGAACACCCACUUUUUAUUUGAGGAUGCGUAUCAUCUAGAGAUUAGAAUGACACAUCACAGAAGAAGAUGAAUUCUAGAAUGAAGUUGUGUUCCAUCUCCUUCUUCCUGCUCCUCUUGUUUCAGAAAUCCCUGGCUAAAAAUGCUACUCUCGACUCAUCUGAAGUGGAAGCAUUGAAUUUUCUGUUCAACAAAUGGAACAUGACGUCAACAGAAUUUUGGAACAUGAGUGGGGAUCCAUGCAGUGGACCUCCUAUUAAUCAGAGUCAAUACGAUGAUAUUUAUUAUAGACAAGCUAUCAAAUGUAAUUGCACUUACAAUGACAACACCACCUGCCAUAUCACACAUCUGAAAGUACUAAAUUUGAACAAAACAGGAUUAAUUCCAGAGGAGCUCACAGCACUAACUUUUCUUAGUGAUUUGAGGCUUAAUAAAAAUUACUUCACUGGGCCUUUGCCUUUAUUUAUUGCAAAUUUAUCUCAAAUGCAGUUCAUUGAUGUUGGCCACAAUGCAUUAUCUGGGACCAUUCCUAAGGAGCUUGGAAAUCUUAAAGAACUACAAAUGUUGGCUAUUGGUUCAAAUAACUUCUCUGGAACUCUCCCUCCAGAACUUGGAAAUCUACCCAAACUUGAGCUGAUUUUCAUAGACAGCAGUGGAGUGGGUGGUGAGAUCCCCUCAACGUUUGUUAAACUUAAAAACAUGCGAGAAAUGUUUUUAUCAGACACUCCACUCACAGGAAAGAUACCAGACUUCAUAGGGAACUGGACAAAGCUCAAACGACUGAGAAUUCAAGGGAACUCUUUUGAAGGUCCAAUACCAUCCACUUUCUCUCAAUUGAUCUCAAUGGAAUCUCUGAGAAUAAGUGAUCUUGCCAAUGUGAGCUCAUCUCUUGAUUUCAUCAAGGAUAUGAAGAAUUUAACAGACUUAGUUCUAAGGAAUGCAUUGCUCUCUGGUGGUAUUCCAUCUGAUAUUGAAGAAUACCGCAGUUUAGAAACACUGGAUUUGAGUUUCAACAACUUAACAGGAGGAAUUCCAAAUGCUUUGUUCAACAUGAACAAUCUCACUGCCUUGUUUCUUGGAAACAAUAGCUUCUAUGGUUCUCUUCCUGACAAAAAAAGUGAUAAGCUUCAAACCAUAGAUUUGUCAUACAAUGAGAUAUCAGGAGGUUUUCCUACAUGGAUUGAUCCAACUUUACAAUUGAAUUUAGUGGCUAAUAACUUUGUAUUUGACAACACAAACAACAGUAUUUUUGAAGGACUGAACUGUCUUCAGAGGAACUUUCCAUGCAACACUCCACGCUAUACCAAUGUCUCAAUCAAGUGUGGUGGACAAGAGGUGACAACGCCUGAUGGCAUGGUAUAUGAGUCUGAUAAUUCAAUUCUUGGCACUGCAUCAACAUCAUAUUAUGUAAGCAGAUCAGAGAAAUGGGCUGUUAGCAAUGUGGGUCUGUAUGUUGACAGAAUUGCAAAUACCUCAUCACUAGUUAAUGGCACUGACACCCCAGAGCUUUUCAAAACUUCAAGGAUAUCACCGGGUUCACUUAGAUACUAUGGCCUGGGUCUCAAGAAUGGACCUUAUGUUGUAAGUUUGCAAUUCGCAGAAAUGUUACUUAAGGAUCCGAGCACACGAACUUGGGAGAGUACAGGAAGGCGUGUUUUUGAUAUAUAUAUUCAGGGAGCACUUAAAGAGAAGGACUUUGACAUAUCAAAAGAGGCAGGUGGGGUCCAGAGAGCAAUUGUGAAAAAAUUCAAUACUACUGUGUCGAAGAACUAUCUUGAAAUUCAUCUGCUUUGGGCUGGUAAGGGUACUUGCUGCAUCCCAUUUGAAGGUUAUUAUGGACCAUCCAUUUCGGCUCUCAGUGUUGUUUCAGCUUUGGAAAGAAUGCCACCUCCUCCAUCAGAGACAAGCAACACUGGGUUAAUUGCUGGCAUUGCAGUCACUGCUGGUAUUCUAUGCUUUAUACUCGUAUGUGCAGUUUUUUACAUCAAAAGGAGAGGGUCUAAUUCCAAUGAAGAGAUAGAGCUUCUUGAAAUAGGCCCCAUAUCGAACACCUUUAGUUAUGCGGAGUUGCGAACUGCAACAGAAAACUUCAAUCCUACAAAUAAGCUAGGGGAGGGUGGAUUUGGAGCUGUUUUCAAGGGCACUCUUCUUGAUGGGAGGGUAGUAGCUGUGAAGGAUCUUAUGGUAGCAUCUCAACAAGGGAAGAGUCAAUUUAUAGCAGAGAUUGCUACCAUAUCUGCAGUGCAGCAUCGCAACCUCGUGAAGUUGCAUGGAUUCUGCAUCAAAGAAAAUAAACGGCUCCUAGUUUAUGAGUAUCUUGAAAACAAGAGCCUCGAUCGUGCUCUCUUUGGGAAAAGUGAUUUACAUCUUGAUUGGCCAACCCGCUUUAAUAUAUGUUUGGGAACAGCGAGAGGGUUAGCUUAUCUUCAUGAGGAAUCAAGGGCAAGAAUUGUACACCGGGAUGUCAAGGCCAGCAAUAUUUUGCUUGAUGCAGAACUCUGCCCCAAGAUAUCAGAUUUUGGAUUGGCAAAGCUGUAUGAUGACAAGAAAACCCACAUCAGUACCCGGGUUGCAGGCACCAUUGGCUAUCUGGCACCAGAGUAUGCAAUGCGCGGGCAUCUGACAGAGAAGGCUGAUGUUUUUGGAUUUGGUGUAGUGGCUCUAGAGAUCCUCAGCGGGAGACCAAACUCCGACAACAGCUUGGAUGCAAGAAAGAUGUAUCUUCUUGAAUGGGCAUGGACUUUACACGAAAACAACCAAAGUAUGGAUUUAGUUGAUCCAACAUUAACAGAAUUUGAUGAAAAUGAAGUCAGUCGAGUCGUAAGAGUGGCUCUCUUGUGCACCCAGGGAUCACCAAUGUUGCGGCCAGCCAUGUCACGGGUCGUGGCAAUGCUUGCUGGAGGCGUUGAAAUAAGUGCAGUUACAUCAAAACCCAGUUAUUUAACAGAUUGGGAUUUCAAUGAUAUUACAAGCAGCUUUUUGAGCGAAAAUACUCGAACAUCUACUGCUUCAACAAGUAUGACUGACCAACUGCCUUCCCCUAUAUAUCACACUGAACCGAUGCUCCUUGGAGUCAUUGGAGAAGGGAGGUAAUGCAUUUUUGUCCAUGCUGUAAUAUUGUAUCAUUGUCAUUGGGAGCACCAUUUGUCUUGUGUUGUUCUCUCCUAAGUCAUGAAUUUUCUCCCGGAAAUUCCUAGUUCCUGCAUCGGUAUCGUAUGUAUAUAGAAAGAGAUUUCAGAAUGAGUAUGAAGCAUUUUCAGGCUUCAGACGACUAGGAGGUUUUAAUUUUUGGCAAGUUACUUCUAUGAUAUUAAUCUGGGAGAACAAACUGAACACCAUUUUUACUCAUAUUUAUGUUUAUGCUGAUUUCAUGUUAGAAAAAAUACAAAGAUUUUCUCUCCAAA